GACGUCAGCAAUGCAACAUCUCACUGCAUGCCCCGCCCUUCAAGUGCCUCCGUAGACCCCGGUCUCAUUUCCCUCCAUUACAUGCAUCCACAAGCUAGCCCACCCCUCCUCACCAUCUCCUUUAAAUCCACCGUCUCUGUAGGCUCCUCUCUCUCUUUGGGCUAGCUAGCUAGAGAUCAAUUGGGAUGGCCGGCGACAUGGAGCUCUCCGUGGAGAGCGGUGGCGGAAGGCCCCCGCGUCCACCGCAGAUCAGCCUGGUGGGGCUAUUUUUCGCGUGCAUGGUCGCCGGGGGCGUGCAGUACGGCUGGGCGCUGCAGCUCUCCCUCCUCACCCCCUACGUCCAGACAUUGGGAAUUCCCCACGCUCUUACUUCUGUCAUGUGGUUAUGUGGCCCUAUUGCUGGAUUAAUUGUGCAACCAUGUGUGGGUCUCUCUAGUGACAAGUGUGCUUCUCCGCUGGGGAGGCGGAGACCGUUCAUCCUCUCGGGAUGUAUCGUCAUAUGUAUAUCCGUCAUAGUUGUCGGUUUCUCUUCGGACAUUGGAUACGCACUCGGCGACACAAAGGAAGACUGCAAGGAUUACACUGGGCCUCGGUACCGCGCGGCCGCCGCAUUCAUCUUGGGUUUCUGGCUCCUUGACUUCUCCAACAACACAGUACAAGGUCCAGCACGCGCGAUGAUGGCUGAUUUAUCAGGUAAACAUGGCCCCGGUGCAGCGAACGCCAUCUUCGUGUCUUGGAUGGCUAUUGGAAACAUCCUAGGAUACUCCUCUGGUUCCACGGACAAAUGGCACGAGUGGUUCCCGGCCCUCCAAACUAGGGCUUGUUGUGAAGCUUGCGCGAACCUCAAGGCUGCGUUCUUGGUCGCAGUGGUCUUCCUGGGUUUUUCGACAAUGGUUACGAUGAUCUUCGCCAAAGAGACGCCGCUGGACCCGGAGGUGGCAAAGCAGAGCGAGGGCGAGGCUACGGGCCCGCUGGCGGUGUUCAAGGGCAUGAAGAACCUACCGGCCGGGAUGCCACAGGUGCUCAUUGUUACCGGUCUCACGUGGUUGUCGUGGUUCCCCUUCAUCCUCUUUGACACCGACUGGAUGGGCCGCGAGAUGUACCACGGCAGGCCGGACGGGAGCCCCGCCGAGGUCGCCGCCUUCCAGGAGGGCGUUCGGCAGGGCGCCUUUGGCUUGCUACUCAACUCCGUGCUCCUCGGAAUUAGCUCCUUCACCAUCGAGCCCAUGUGCCGGAAAGUCGGGCCCCGGACUGUGUGGGUUAUCAGCCAGGGCCUGGUCUGUAUCGCCAUGGCUCUUGUUGCCAUCCUUGGUUCAUGGUCUCUCGGCGACUUUGGCGGCAACGUGCAAGACGCCGCCGCCACCGAGAAGGGUCUCAAGGCAUCAGCUCUCGCCUUGUUCGUCUUCCUCGGCCUUCCAUUCGCAGUUCUAUGCAGUGUUCCGUUCGCCGUGACGGCGCAGCUAGCGGCUAGCAAAGGCGGUGGGCAGGGCUUGUGCACCGGGGUCUUAAACAUCGCCAUCGUGAUGCCCCAGAUGGUCAUCGCUAUCGGCGCCGGCCCGUGGGACGAGCUAUUCGGCAAGGGUAAUAUCCCGGCGUUCGCCCUCGCCUCGGUGUUUGCUUUCAGCUCGGCCGUCGCAGGGAUGAUUAUGCUACCCAAGAUGCCCAAGAGCAGCUUUCGGUCAGUCAGCAUGGGCGGGGGGCACUGAUCGCGGCCUAGUUCAACAGUGCAAUAUCCCAGGGUCUUAAUAAUUGAUAUUUUAUCCUUGAUUAGUAACAGACUGUUAAAACAACCGGUUAAUAUUUGAGUUCUUUAAAAAAGGGAACAUAGCUCGGGCCUCUGCAUCAAACGAUGUAUCUAUGCAUCUUGCACUUCUCCACUUAACCGUCAGCCACAUGGUUGAAAAUAUCCCAUGCAACCAUCUCUCAAUGAAUGGACCCGGUAUUCAUAUGUGCU